GGUGCUCCGUUUAUGAACCUGCUGUUCUCAACUCGUGCUUACGGUGCCGCCAAAAAAGAAAAAAAAAACUCCCGCCUCUAUCUGUCUUCAAACACGUUCUCAGAUGUUGUAUAAAGCAGUGGUUCAUCCGCUCGUUCAGACAUUGUGAAGUUGAUAAUCAAACAGUAAAAAUGAGUGGCAGAGGCAAGGGAGGCAAAGGACUCGGUAAAGGAGGCGCCAAGCGUCACCGUAAAGUUCUCCGUGAUAACAUCCAGGGCAUCACUAAGCCUGCUAUCCGCCGUCUGGCUCGCCGUGGUGGAGUCAAGCGUAUCUCCGGUCUGAUCUACGAGGAAACCCGCGGAGUGCUGAAGGUUUUUCUGGAGAACGUCAUCCGUGAUGCUGUUACCUACACCGAACACGCCAAGAGGAAGACUGUGACCGCCAUGGACGUGGUUUAUGCUCUGAAGAGGCAGGGCCGCACCCUGUACGGAUUUGGAGGUUAAACUACAGCUAAA